GAAAGAGCCGUCCUGUGCCGGGAAGGCGGCCGGAGCUUGAGCCGGAGCUCCGAGCUGGUGGUCCCUGAGCAGCCUCCCAGCAGGGAGAAGCCCUUCAGGUGCUUGGAAUGUGGGAAGAGCUUCAGCCGGAGCUCCACCCUCCUCACCCACCAGCACAUCCACACUGGGGAACGGCCCUACACAUGUGGGGAAUGUGGGAAGAGCUUCAGGCAGAGAUCUGCCCUGAUCAAACACCAGCGCAUCCACACUGGGGAACGGCCCUACGUGUGUGGGGAAUGUGGGAAGAGCUUCAGGCAGAGAUCUGCCCUGAUCCAACACCAGAACAUCCACACUGGGGAACGACCCUACAUGUGUGGGGAAUGUGGGAAGAGCUUCAGGAACAGCUCCCACCUCCGCACCCACCAGCUCAUCCACACUGGGGAACGGCCCUACAAGUGCUUGCAAUGUGGGAAGAGGUUUCAGACCAGCUCACAUCUCCUCCUGCAUGAGACGACACACACAGAGGAGAGGCCCUUCCGCUGCACUGACUGCGGGAAGGGAUUCAAACAGAACAGCAACCUCACCACCCACCGGCGCAUCCACACCGGGGAGAGGCCCUACAAGUGUGGGGAGUGUGGGAAGAGCUUCAGUCGGAGCUCUACCUUGACCAGACACCAACGGACCCACCAAUAAGAGAAGCCCUACAAAUACCCCAACUGUGAGAAGAGCUUCAUCUGCUGCUCCCACCCCGAAUGACCCCCCUGAUGGUGAGGCAACCCCUGGAGUCCAGUGACUGUCAGUUCAUCCCUUUCUACCAGGAAGGGCCAGUCCCAUUUGCCAGGGGCAGGUUGUGCCAACAGAACCCUUCUUGGGGGGUGUGUGGAGAUUCCUGCCUUGGCUGGGACCCCCCAAGGUCAGU